AUGACAACAUACGAGGAAUCCAUCCGGCAGAAUGAAGAUGUUGAUGGAGUUAAAUUUUCUUGGAAUUCUUGGCCAGAUACAUUACUAGAGACAACACGUUUAGUUGUACCUCUUAGCUUUUGUGAUUUAUCCCCAAUUGAAUAUGACCCAGUGUUAUGCAGCCAGAACACAUGUAGAGCAAUUAUCAACCCUUUAUGUCAGGUGGAUUAUUAUGCUAAACUCUGGGAGUGCAAUUUUUGCUCUCACAUGAAUCCUUUUCCACUAAAGUAUGCUGCAAUAUCAAAACAGAAUCAACCAGCCGAACUCAUUUCAAAGUCUUCUACCGUUGAAUAUAUCGUAACUCGUGCACAAUGUUUACCACCCAUUUUCCUCCUAGUGUUGGACACAUGUAUUGAUGAUGAAGAAUUAAAUGCACUGAAAGAUACUCUUCAAAAUUCUCUUAGUUUACUUCCUCCUAAUGCUCUUAUUGGUCUCAUCACAUUUGGAAAAAUAGUAUACGUGCAUGAGCUGGGCUGCAUAGGAAUUUCAAAAAGCUAUGCUUUUAGGGGCACUAAAGAUUACACAGCAAAGCAGAUUCAGGAUAUGCUAAGAAUCCGUGAAUUCAGUGCACCUCAGCAGCAGCAACUUCGAGGUCCUGGAGGGCAGGUGUUACCACCACCUAACAGGUUUCUGCAGCCAGUUCACGAAUGUCACCUAGACCUGCAGCGUGAUUCUUGGCCAGUUGCCCAAGGUAAACGGUCACUCCGAUCAACAGGCGUUGCUUUGUCCAUUGCUGUUGGUUUACUGGAGUGCACAUACCCAAAUACAGGAGCAAGGAUUAUGCUAUUUGUAGGAGGUCCUUGCUCUCAAGGACCUGGCCAAGUGGUGAAUGAUGAUCUUCGUCAACCAAUCAGGAUGUAUCACGAUAUCAACAAAAAUAUUGUGCAUUACAAGGAGAAGGUCAUAAAACAUUAUAAGGCCUUGGCCGUGCGUGCCGCCACAAAUGGUCACGCUGUAGAUAUUUAUUCUUGUUCUCUGAACCAAACAGGGCUGUUAGAAAUGAAGGAGUGUUGUAACUCUACAGGUGGCCACAUGAUUAUGGGUGAUUGCUUCAACUCAUCUCUAUUUAAACAGACUUUUCAGAGAGUAUUUUCUAAGGACCAGAAAGGAGAAUUAAAAAUGGCAUUUAACGGGACAUUAGAAGUGAAGACUUCAAGACAGUUGAAAGUGUCAGGAGCCAUUGGUUCAUGUGCGUCCCUUAAUGUGAGGGGACCGUGUGUUUCUGACACAGAAAUAGGAAUUGGAGGUACGUGCUAGUGGAAGUUGUGUACAUUCUAUCCAAAUUCAACAUGUGCACUGUUCUUCGAAGUUGUGAAUCAGGUAAUUGUGAUUGUAAAAUUUUCACAUACUACUGUCUAUAUAUAAGUAAAAGUGUAAAAAGUAAGGAACAUAUGUAUAUUAUCUUAUCAUCCUGUAAUAGUAUCGUAAGUGUAAAAUUAGUAACCGUAAUGCAUAUUUCAACCCCCCCCCACACACACACACACACACACACAGUACAUUUAUCGUUAACAUUUCAAACAGUUCACAUGCUUACCUUAUUUGUUUGAUAACAGUCUUUUUGGUGAUUUCGAAACUGUCAUCUUUGGGUACUCUUUUUUAUUUUAUUUAUUUAUUAAUAAUGAUAGUGUUGAUUGACAGUCUUAUGGUAAAAUUAUAUGCAGACUUUACACUCAGUACUUGAGCAUAUCAGUCAUAAAACAGACACUAUAUUAUGUUUACAGUCAAAAAGAAACUAAGAACCAAACAAGUUUAUUUGGCAAAACAUGCACAUGAAUCAAAACACAUUCAAGUUUUGUGUCUGCAGAAAACCUACUGCCAUUGGCACUAUUACACAUGCUACACCCUGGAACAUGGUUGUGUGUUACCAGAUAUAUGACAAAUUGUGUACACACUUACCCCAUCUCCAACAACAAAAGCAACUGAGCACCAUUUUUUUAAAAUGUAUUAUGAAGUAAGUAUAAGCCAACAGUAAAAGGUAUGGUUAAUAGGAACAUCAAAAAUGAAUUAUGAACUUUUAAGUUACAAAUGCUUAUUUGUAACUUUCAUAUUUUAAAUUUUUUAAAUGUUUGUCUCAUUGUCAAUCCCCAUGUAUGAUACAGUGUUGUCUACAUCAAGAAUACUGCACAGCACCCAUAAUAAUGAAUAUAAUAUGGCCCACUUAGGUUGAAACAUGUAAGCAGAAAGAUUUUCAUCAAGCAAAUAACAUUACAGUGUACUUCAGGUGAUUCUGUGAAUCAGCUAUCACCACCAGUGGUAAUUUACUUUGUUAAAACAAUACCACGCUGAUAUAACUUCCCAUUGACACUAGAGUUUUCUUAAACUGAUGGAUCUACUUCAUUUUCAUGCUUCUUGUGAAAUAGAAAACCCAGAAAAAAAUAUGUCGUGCUACAUGCAGGUGAAAUACUGAUGUGUGUUAUUUCAUCUGUUUAAUUGAUACUCAGAAUGUAAAGCAGAAUCUACAGCAGAUCAUUUGUGGUUAUAAACAUUUAUCCUUCUGUCUGUUUUGUAAGCGCUGAGAUCUCUUUGUGUCACACAAUUUUUCAACACUUGCAUUGAAUUGUAUGGAUUAUUUUAGUAUAUUAAAUUGGUGCUGACAAAA